GGCUCCGUUCAUCUCCCACAUCCAACCCGAAUAACUGCAGAUGCCCGCAUCAAAGCAACGGGUCUCCCUCUCUCCCUCUCUCUCUCCUCUCUCUCUAUCUGGCAGGUUUACAUAGCUGAGGGUAGAAGCUGUGCUGUCUAUUUUUGGGAUUCAUAGUGGCCAUUUUUUUUUCUUUUUGUCAAAUGAUUAGAGUUUGUUUUUUUUAGAGAGAUAUGUGCUGUUUUGAUUCACGUCUGAAGGAGGUUCAUCGUAGACUCUGGACGUCAAUAGCAGUGACCGUCACAGGCCUAUAGAUAGAUAGAUCUAGAUCCUCAAUGGAAGACGUCUUCCUGCGAGCUGCGAGCGAAGCAGUGAAGCGCAUCUCGCUCCGCAUCUGUAUUCCUGUCGACGAGCGAAGUCUAUCAUAAAUGAAGCUUUGAAAAAAAAAAAAAAAAAAAAGGCAGCAGCCCACCAGGGAGACCCAACCUGUCCGGAUGGAAAGCCUUUUCACAUUUUGACCAGCAGCCAGUGAGGGUCAAGGUGUGAUUCAUGGAUCUCACAAGAAGAGUCGAUUAAUUAGAAGGUUCGACUUCCUCCAGAAGUGAGACACUUUGGUCCUCUCGAAGCUCUUUGUCUAGACCAAUUAAAGAGCUUUCACCCCACUGCUCCCCACUCCACCCUUCCUCCGUCCCACUGCUAACCCUUGUACAGACAUCAUGGGUACGGUGCUGUCUCUGUCUCCCAGCUACCGCAAGGCAGUGCUGUUUGAGGAUGGCCCGGCUACGGUAGGCCACUACACAGCGGUCCAGAACAGCAAGAACGCCAAGGAUGCUGCUGCAGCAGCAGGAAAGUCCCUCAAACGCCCCUCUAUCAUCAGUGUGUUGCCAUGGAAGCGCAUUGUGGCUGUGUCGGCGAAGAGGAAGGGCUCCAAGAAGCUGCAGGCAGACAGCGGGGACGGUGGGAAAGGGAGCUCUCCGGACGGCCAUGCCUUGGCCGUCGCCAACUCAGCCUCCAAUAGCCUGAAGCUGAAGAAGUCUCAGUCCUGUGCCAACCUCUCAUCUUACACCUCGAACCAGGACCCCUCGGCCACUACCACCACUACCUCCUCCCUCCUGCCCAUCUCCAAGACCUUGGCUAACGUAGCUGCUGUUGCUGCCAAAAAGAAUUCCCUCACAAGUUCUGGGAUCCAUCCGUCUACUGCAACCGGCACACCAAAACGUGUCAUUGUCCAGGCCUCCACCAGCGAACUGAUGCGCAGCCUGGGCGAGUUCCUGUGCCGUCGCUGCUACAGACUGAAGCGUCUAUCCCCGACAGAUCCGGUGCUGUGGCUGCGCAGCGUCGACCGCUCCCUCCUCCUACAGGGCUGGCAGGAUCAGGGCUUCAUCACUCCGGCCAACGUGGUCUUCCUCUACAUGCUGUGCCGCGACGUGGUCUCGUCCGAAGUGGCCUCGGAGCGUGAGCUGCAGGCCUCGCUGCUCACCUGCCUCUACCUGUCCUACUCCUACAUGGGCAACGAAAUCUCCUACCCAUUGAAGCCCUUCCUGGUUGAGGCGGAGAAGGAAGCCUUCUGGGACCGCUGCCUGGAGAUCAUCAACCGCAUGAGCGGCAAGAUGCUCCAGAUCAACACCGACCCGCACUACUUUACCCAGGUGUUUGCUGACCUGAAGAACGAGAGCAAGAAAGAGGAGGAGAAGACCAAACUCCUCAUAGGCCUUGACCGAUAAGAGGGAGCUGGGAGGAGGGAAGGAAGGAUGGAUGGAUAGAAAGAUUGAUGGAGUUAAUAGGUUGAGGACGGGUGAACUAAUGUAAUGCAGCGUAGUGAUACCUUGGAGCAGUACUGUUGUCUGGUGUCUCUACUAGUUUAUCAUUAACCAGAUUUCCUGUUUGUAACCCGGAACAGCUUCUGGGAUUAAAUGAGCAAACAGAGAGAGGCAGAACCUGAUCCGUGUCUCGCCUGAAGGCAUCAAUUGGCCUACAGGGCACUUUAACCAUAGUAAACCAGAUCAAAUCAGGGUUGCUGUCUGGUGUAGCCACACCAUCAUCAGCCACAUGAUUGGAUCUGAUUAGAUUCCCAAGACUGACAGGCUACUUGUUGGUAUCCAACGCCUGGAUCACUCGGCUGAGGAUGUGACAAUAGUAGGCUUUAAGGCAGAGAUACGAUCAUUAGUUUAUCCGGAACAAUGUAACUGACAUCGCAGACGGAUGUUUUAUCAAAUGCCCGGCCAGCAGGGUUGGUGAUGUGACAUUAACAGGCUGUGAGAAAGAGAUAUCUAUGGAUUUCUAUCUUGUGCCUCGGGCUCAGAGACAUGCAUCAGGCUGACCUGAACCUUGUUUCAGUGAGAUAAGAAAUGCAAUCCGAUAUUCCCAUUGAAGUAUUUCUCUGUCUUUUGAUAAAAUGGGUUUAGAAACGCCAGACAACACAGGUUUACCAAUCAAGGGUGAUUAUUAUGAAUAUAAAGAUACAGUAUAUUGAUACGAUGAUGUUGUGUGAUAGCAUCCAGGCAUUUCCGCUAUAGAGAAAUGUCACGGUAAUGAAAACCAAGAACCACCUUGCAUGAGGUCACUUCAUAUGUCCUUGCACAUGACAUCCUGCUUAUUGCCAACUCCACUUUACCUUAUUCCUAUUGUCCUGCCCAAGCUUAUUGCACUCACCAACACUGGCUGCGAGGUCCACUGUUGGACCUUCAAUAAUGCCACAACACGGACGAGCUAGAAUCAACCACAACGCAACUAGUCUACACACUCGUCAGACUGUGAAAUUCAAGUCGCUAUUUGGCGUAAUUGUACUGUAGUGGAUUAAUUCAUCCACAUCUUACAUAAAGUACUGAGCUUCCGAGGGAACAUUUGGGUUUAUCUGCUAUAAAAUUGGGAGGUCAGCUAUUUAUUUUUAAGAGUAUGAAAUGCUAAUCCCUUGGGCACAGAUUAAUAAUCAUUAAACAAGCCCUUCUGUGAGCUGUUUACUUUUACAAAAAUAUGGGAAAAUGCAAUACUGACCCCUCCAUGGCAUAUUUUUCAUUCAUUCAUUCCUGCUCCCCUACACUUUAUCCUGCAGUCCAUAUUGGUGCUGUCCUUAGUGACCACAGGGAAAUGUUUUAAUGAAAGAAAGAAAGAAAGAAAGAAAGAAAGAAAGAAAGACAGAAAGAAAGAAAGAUUUCUGUUUUAAAACCCUGCGCUCAUCUUGUACGCUUCAUACUGUAUGAAUGAUCGGUGGAGCUGGGUCGUGGAGGACUAAUUCGGAGAGUAGAUCAACCAAUGGCUACACACGUCAGGAUGAAAGAAAACCACAUUCCAGGUGUGUGUGUGUGGGCAGAAGCUACAAGUGUAGAUGUAGAACUUUUCUUCCAAAACAACGCUUUGAUGUUGCCGUCGCCACUCGGCUCGAGGGACCUCCUCUGCUGUUUGACGUGUCGCCUCCAACUCCACUCUCCUCUUUCCUCCGCUCGUUACGCUCCACAGCAACCCGGACAAACUGAAACAACACAGAUUCUCUCUCUUUCUGUCCACUUGCUCCAGUCCGGUCUGAACCGGUCCUGUCCUUUCUGGUGCGGUCCAGUCCUAUCAAGUCGUCCCAUAUUUAGAGACUCUCUGGACCCGAUGGCUUAGUUAUUCACUGAGUUGUUUGACAUGCAUGUGUGCUUCUAUAGGUUUCCUAGCAUGCUGCUUUGUAUUGGGCACACCGCACCUGAUAUUACAGAAGGGACUGAGCGGUCGUCCCACUGAACUGAGCCGAAAGCUAGACUCAGUGAUGUGACAUCCAAGCGACUCGGCACAAGGACUCUGUGUGAAAGGUUAGUUGUAUCCUUGCCUAUACGCUUCACAAAGAGCGAUAAAGGCAAGUCCGAGCAUCAAUCCUUCAUCGGAUUUCUGCUGUUCUUGGUUCCAUGGUGCUUAGGGGCCUAAAAGACCCCUUCAACAUUAAAUGGUUCCCCUUUCAGAAACCAGGAAUAGAAAGAAAAUUUCAAAAUCCAUGCAAGUGUCAAUCAGUUUGAUUGGAUAUUUAAGGGGUUCUACAGCAAUUCAGUAUUGCAGUUCAGUAAAGAUGGGGCGUCACAAGAGACAUAUUUUUAAAAGAAUGGUAAUAAUUGAUGCUGCACGGUGGUGCAGAGGUUAGCACUGUCACUUCACAGCAAGAGGGUCGCAGGUUAAAACCCGCUG